AUGGUUUCGGAUAGCUACUAUCAGACAUCGUUUAAAAGCAAACCAAUAUCUGAAUUUUGGGCUCAGUUAGGGGAAGAUCAUGCAAUAUUAAGUUCAAAACCUAAACUGCUUUUACUGCCUUUUGGUACUACGUAUCUUUGUGAAACCGCUUUUUCGAGGUAUACAGCUACAAAAACCAAAUAUCGAUCACGUUUGGAUGCAGAAAACGAUAUGCGUCUUCAACUGACUUCUGUGAUACCGGACAUCGACAAACUCAGUAGUAAAAAGCAGGCCCAUUGUUCACAUUAA